AUGCAUGGGGAAAAAACGGAGGAGAAAAAACGAAUCAAGUGUUUUCUGCGAUGUUGGAGCCGAGGCUAUUUGACCGUCAUUUUUGGACUUUUCCUCCAGAGAUUCAUGCUGAUCCGGAGGCUUCUUCUUGUUCUUCUUUCUGUGUCGGUGGGUGGUUCGUGUUUUGUGUUCUGAACAAGUUACUGUUGCACUUACUUCUGGAUCUUAUUAUCCUAGUAAGGAUGUUAAGACUCACAAGAGAGUAUCAUUCGAAUCUGAGCCUCUACUGUGCAUGAAAAAAAACUUAAAAAUUUUAAAUUUCGAAAUUCUAUGAUCAAUGAUGAUAAUACUCAAAUUUUGGCUUGAGUUGAAAGUUUGAAAAAGUCUUUAGUAGAAUUUCCAAGUGACAGUAUAGCCUAUGUCCCAUGACAUGAAAUUUCACGGAACGACAUUCCGCUGUUCCGCUGCGUGCGUUCGCGAAGCGUCUUUCGAAUCUAAGACACUUUUUCAGAUGAUUGUUAUUGCUGUGGGAGUACAGGAAAGUAGAGUACCUUGAUGAAAGAAAACAAAAAAUUAUAAGCGCGACCAAGGUUCGCAAAGGCGGGCAGCGGAACAGCGGAAUGUCCUUUGGUGAAAUUCCAAGUCGUGGUACACAGGCUAUAGCUGACCAUAGCUGAUAAUAUUAGGAAUGUCAAUUUCGAACAAGUUUUUCUGAAUAUUUGUUUCAGACGAUCCACUCCAAACGACGCUCGACGCCAGAAUGUCCCUGUACAGCAACGAUCCAACAAAGUUCCUGCUUCUGCUCCAGAACGAAAUGCAGCUGCACGACUCCGCCGCCCGUGACGUGCCUCUGUGCAGACCUUCCAGAAGAGUACCACGUCGCCGUGCCGACGUCUUCUUGCGAUGUCGCCUGCGAUCUCAGUUGCGCGCAGCAAUGUCAACAUCGGAUCGACUCUGGCGAAUGUCAGGACACCUGUCAGAAUGGCUGUCUGGACGAAUGUUCCACGCCGACCACGCCGACGACGACUACCACGACUACUUUGGCUACAACUACGACCACGACUUCUACCACAACUCCAGCUCCAAUGACCAACUACAUGGUCCAGUACGGUCUCUGCCUGCCAAACUGUGAGAGGAACUGUCGACAGACCUGCAUCACUCAAGAUGCUCCCAACUGCGAGUCCCUCUGCCCCGAUCAAUGCCUCGAACAGUGCGGCAGAGCGCAACCGACCAUCGCCGUCGGCAAUCCGCAAAAGACCCUCAGCAUCGGCAUUCAGAUGCGCGCCGACCAGCAAAUCGGGCCGGCCUGCGGUCCGAUCUGCCAGCAGCAGUGUCAGGAGGGCUGUCUGGCCCAGGCCGUCCCAGCCCCGGUCUGUACUUUACAAUGUCUGUCUCGCUGUUCCGAAGCUUGCGGCCGCUUCAAGUUCCUCACCAACUUCUUCGCUCCAACGACAACAUCGACUACAGCUUCGCCCAGCCACCAUUUCUUCUAUCCAGUGGCCCCGAGACCCGUCACCAUAGUUCUCGAUCCUCUCAUUGCCAAGGCCGCGGAUUGCAACGGAAAAUGUCAAAGUCUUUGCCAAAACCAGUGCUUAUUACAAAAUAGCCUCCAACAGUGCUCACCCGCCUGUCAGAAAAGCUGUAACAACACUUGCGCUCCAGCGAAACCGAAGAUUAAGCUGGUGACGUCAUGCGACUACAGUAAGGCGGCGGACUGUGAAUGCGGACCCGACUACAUGCCCUGCUUCCGGAGACAGAAGUGCUGCUAUAAAAUGAAGUUUUAA